GCCCGCGUAGCAAGCCGCCCUGCGUAGCACUCUGCUACGAAGCUACGAAUCUCGCACGAGAAAAAUUUAAAAAUCAUAUUAUAUGCAAUAAAUAUAAUUAGUUGAAAGUUUUCUAAAUAUAUAUUUAAAGUUAUUUUGAAAUUGAUAAAAUGUGUUGCCGUUUUGAGAUUUGAAAAUGUCUCCCUGGUAUGUCAGCGGGGAUGCAGCAGAGGGUGGACCGUCGCUCGGCGUUCUCACCGUCGACGCCUAACAGUCGCGCCAUGGAUAAAUACGAGCAGCUAUCCGUGGUCGGCGAGGGUUCAUACGGCGUGGUGCUGAAGUGCCGUCGCCGCGACACGGGUCAGCUGGUCGCCAUCAAGAAGUUCCUUGAGACCGAAGACGAUGCUGCGGUCAGGAAAAUGGCAUUAAGAGAGAUCCGCAUGUUGAAAAAACUGCGUCACGAUCAUCUGGUGAAUAUGAUUGAGGUGUUCCGCCGAAAGCGAAGGUUUUACCUGGUCUUCGAGUACUUGGAUCACACGCUGCUGGACGAGCUUGAAGCUUCCCAAGGAGGCCUCGGGGAGGACACAGCGAAGAAACACCUGUACCAAUUGCUGAAGGGAAUUGAUUAUUGCCAUCAGAAUUCCAUAAUACAUCGCGACGUGAAACCGGAGAACGUACUAGUGUCAAACGCUGGUAUCGUGAAGCUCUGUGACUUGGGAUUCGCGAGGACUCUGGCCGCUCCCGGCGAGCCUUACACGGAGUACGUGGCGACGAGGUGGUACAGGGCUCCUGAAUUAUUGGUCGCGGAGCACAGAUACGGUCCAGAGGUAGACGUUUGGGCACUGGGCUGUCUGUUCGCGGAGAUGUUGACGGGAGACCCUCUAUUCCCUGGAGACUCCGACAUAGAUCAAUUAGCCCUUAUAAUAAAGACUGUAGGUAAGUUAGCUCCUCGUCACCAGCAGAUAGUGUCGCGGCUAACGGCGUCUGCGGCGCCCCGCAGUGCCCGCACGCUCCCCGGGGUCGGCGCGGCGCGGGACCUCCUCGCCGCCUGUCUGCGAACUGAGCCCAGGGCGAGACCCACAGCUGCAGCGCUAUUGAGGCACAAGUAUUUCGCAUUGGACGGAUUCGCGGAUAAUUUCAACGCGGAACUCAGAAAGAAACUAGGGAAGCAAACGGACACUCCGCCGUCGCAGCAGAGCACAGCACGAGUGUUCGGGAAACCGAGACAUCAAUGGACAUUGAAUGUUAUACCGGAUCAUACUAGGUCACGUACGGACAGUACAGCGGGAGAAUCUCUGAUUGACUACAAUUAUACGCCUAACCCAGAUACGCAAAUGGAAACAUCGACGAACGAGAAGAAAUCUCAACAGAAUUUGAAUUCACAGAAUCUAGAGAACGAGCUGCAGGUAAUGCAAGAGUCUGUGAGUGUGGUACUGCCAGCCCCGGCGCGUCCCGCACCACCGCGCUCUCUGGCACGCGCCCUCAAUGAGACAUUUCAGACCUUUCCGGUACCGGUCAGCACGUAUCCGAGGACACCCUACAUAAAAAAAGUGAACAAUAAGUUAAUCAUGGACGAGGAUCUCCUCAGAGGUCGCGCCCUCGCCAAGAAAACAAACAAAAAAUGCGCUCCUGAAAUCUCUCUGCCGUACGUCGCUGGAGCAAGCAACAGUCCCGUCAAAAAAGUGAAGAAGCCGCACCCUGCACAUGCCGCCUCUAAGUCAUACGAGCUCUGGGAGCACGCGCGUAAUGGUGUCGAUUUAGUUGUGAACCCGCGAACUCCAACCAACCUACCGUACAUGUGACUGCCAAUAAAGAUCAAGAAUUUUUUUUACAAAUUGCCGUCUUUAAACCUAUAUAGUUAAUGUUCUUUUAUCAUAGUUUUUUUUUUGUAAUUUAUUUUAUGGGAUCUAUGCAACAGAAGCGUUUGCCUCCUAUUAUUGUCAAGUUUUAAAACAAUAUUUGCUUUAUAAAAUGCUACUCUAUUUUGUUUCGAUUUUUUCACUAUAAAUAAUACCGCGUAAGAAAUACAAAAAG